AUGGAUACCCGUCGAGUGCGGCGGGUUCGUGGCGAAGGUCGACGAGAAAGUGCCCGAGUCGCCGAGCAGCAGAUCGCCGCUCAAGUUAAUACUCCCUCUCAAAGGUGGUUUCAGAUGAUUUCAAUUUUCCAUUUGUUUUGAAAAACAUCUCUAAACAUUAGGGAAAAAAUUCAUCUGAUUAAAAAUCUCAGAUUUACAUAAAUGGAAUAAAAAGCAAAUUUUCAAUCACUGUAAAGAAAGUAGCAAGGAAGUAAAAGGCAGAAAAUAUAAAAAAUCGUUUCACAUUUUCCUCACUUUCUAACAGCUGACUUUUGAAGGGUACCGCUCAAAUGAAUGAAUUGUCGUGUUUUUGAUCUAUUUUUACCUCCAGAAAUUGAUGCCUGGUCUACGAGAAUAUUUCCAGCCUUUACAAUUAAUUUUAUUCUCAACUCGCUUUUGAAUUUACAAUUGAAAAUCUUUGAGUCGAAUGUGAUUCUUAAAGAAGUUGUUUUAUUGGGGCAGGUUUGAGAAUCAAAAAAGUUUUUUUCAAACCGAGACGUGUUUUCAUUGAAAUUUGUGUACUUUUUGAAGCGUGAAUCAUCUUGUUAACUUGAGAGAUAGGCUUUAAAAUUGCAAAUAAGUAAAAAAUUAAAGAAAUCUCUUAGCUCCGGGACAUACGGGACAAUAUUUUCCGGCUGCCUAAAAAAAUGCGAGUUCAUUGAAGUUCGCAAGCUAGUGAGGUUUAGGAGACGGCGGACAACGAACCAUAACGCUUGUGAAUUUUAAGGCACCGAACUUCAGGUCCAUCUCUUGUACGCUAUUUAUUCUGUAGAGAAAACAAAGUGGUUUUAUUUAUUCUUAAUAUAAUUUCCCUAUCAAGCCGUGAAUCGGCUUCCGAUUUUCUUAUAUAACAAUAACAGAAAAUUGUUUCAGAGGAUCACAGUCAAGAAAUUCCCGCGCCCGGGCCCCCAGAAGGCGUCCUGAUCGAAUUGAAACCCAGGGCUAUCCAGAAUAUCUCCACUACCUGGAUUCCGACGACGACGAAGACUACCAGCCUAGCCAGGUUCCAUUUAGAAAACUAGAAAUCCUGAAAAGGGUUCUGCGAAACUUUUUUGUAACUUUUAUCUUUGUUAUUUCAUCCAUUCAGACAUCUUUUCUUUCAAGUGUUCCCAAAGAUCAGAUACUAGAUUUGAUUUAUUUUAUUUUUCGUGCAGCUUGUGGAAUGGCGAAUAAAAAUUUGAGAAAAUGAAAAUCAAGUAAUUUUAUCUGGUUCCAGGAGGCAGAAAACGCAGCUCGAGUUGAGGCAGAGCGCGAAAUUUUGGAAACGAGUGAAUCGGAUUCAAGCGAAGACACUUCCGGAAGCGAAAACGAGUGGUCAGACCUGGAAGGCGUCAUUGGAGGCGGACACAGCGACGGAAACUCGACCAUCGAUCUCAGCGAUCUCGAUGACCCUCAGAGAGACGUGAGCCGAAGAAAAGAGAGCCAGAAACCUUUCUGUUCAGUUAGACGACGAAGAAGAAGAGGGGGGCUCUGAAACUGUCGAGGCGUUCGAUCCAGAAGUCCAAGAGAUCCUCCAGCAACGCUACAUUAUGGACCUCAUUCAUGGUCGUGAGGUCUUCAUUCGAUCUCUCAAUAAAGGAUAUUUUACCAUCUUUUUCAGGUUGAUGAAUAUCCUCGCGCCUUGUUGACUUCAAGUUCGGAAAGUGGAACGGUUUAGAUCAUUUUAAAUUAAUUCAUAUAUUGAUUUUUUGCAGAAUGACACUCCCGUUGUAGAAGAAGUUGCUAUAGUAGAUGGAGAAGCGGACAUUCGGGAAGUCACUCCUGAGGUUUUUUCUUUUUUUUUUCUCGAAAAGUCGAGAUUUUUAUUUUUCGAACGUCCUUCAUCCGGCGGACUCUGCACUUCACAUGAUAAAAAAUAAUUUAUUUUCAAGUUUUUUUAAUUUUUUAUUAACUUUCUAGGUUUUUUUUUUUCAAAUAAGUUUUCAUCCCCAUUCUCAAUUUAAAAAAAAUUCUUCUUUUUUUCAACUUUUCUUUUUUGGCUCUUAGUCAUAUCGCGUUUUUCUUGGCGUUUUCUCAUUUUUAAAUUUGGAAAAACACUUCAAAACCCAUGCGUUUCACAACGUUGUUGGCACAGAUUUCUUAAAGAGCCCUAAAAAAAGUUUUUUUUAACUUUGUUUUUAUUGGUUUUUUUCUCAGCAAGACGACGAGCGCUCUUUAAAUGCUCCAAGCCCCAAGAGAUGCCGCCUUGACGAGCCGUCCACCAGGUUUAGAAAUCCGCAAAUAAAUUUUUUCAAGUUAAAUGUUUUAGUGCGACGGUUGCGGUCUUGGACGAUGAUGAUGAAAAUGGCGACACCAGUUGUAAUGUGUGUUAUGAGGCGAGUUUUUCCAAGGAAAAUAAAUUUGUGCAAAACAUACUUGUAAGAAAAUGGCAACGCUUUCAGAGGUGUUGAAACCAUUACAAGCAACAGAAAAAAAGCAAAAUUUCUCGCAAUAGAUCUUGUUUUCGUUUUUUAGAGCUUCAAACUACACAAAAUACGCAAAUUAUGACAAAAAAAAAACGCGAACCCAAGGUUUUGAUGCGUAAACCAGAUCUAUUACGAGAAAUUUGUUUUCUUGCCCUGGAAUCAGGAGAGAAAAAUUCAGCAAAGUUUCAUCAAAAGUUCGAAAAACGCUCCCUAGUAAGAAGAAAUCCGGCCAAAACCAAUAAAUGAGCUCAAAAAAUAAAAUAAUAUCCAAUUUUCAGGAUUACACCUCUUCUGGCAACCAUCGUUUGGUUUCGCUGAAAUGCGGACAUUUUUUCGGCAAAUCCUGUAUUCUUCGCUGGCUUCAUACUGAAGGUUUCAGAAAUAUUUUCAUUGAAGAUCAAUUUUUUUUUUUCCCCAGGCGCUGCCAAAGCUUGUUGUCCGACGUGCAAAGAGAGGUUCAAGCAGAGAGACAUGCGCCAACAUUUCGCCAAAAGUGUCAAAGUCCUUAUUUGAACGUUACGUGAUUAACAGUGAAGGAGUUUCCAGGUCAUCAACACGGAUGAAAUCGAAGAUUUGCGAUCCAAAAACUUGGCUCUUAUUGCAAAGUUUGUUUUUUUUUUUCGUGUCUCGAAAAACUUAUGCUUUUUGCUCUAAACUAUACUGCAAGCUAGCUGGAAUUUAAAAAAAGUAAAUUUGUCAUUUUUUUCAAGUUUUGCGACAAUCUUGCGCGGAACGUAGAUAAGCGAAGGUAGAUGUUCAAAAAGAUGCUCUUUGCGAGAUUUUUUUCCUCGAAAGUUGAAAUCAGCCCACAGAGUUUUUCAAACCUUGGCUUGAGAGUAAUUCUCGAAGUAUUUAUUAUAUGCUAAAACGUAAAAACUAACAGACUAAGUUUAAUCUUGAAGUCUGCUCAAAAAUGUUCGUUGGAAUGUUCAAAAAUUUUCCAUUCAGAGAAUCGAAGAGUAAAACUGUUCCACUUUUUGAGCUCAAAUUAGAUAUGGUCAGAAAUUAUUGUAUCAGUUUGAUGACUAAAUGAAAGCGUUUCCCUUGAAAAUAUUUCAGCAGGUAUCCUUCAAUUUUUAUAAAGUAGCGCUCCUCAAAAUGUCUAUCAAUAAAAAAUCCGAAAAUCGCCAAAAAUUCUCUUUGAAACUUUUUUCCGUUAAUCACCGCUGAUUAAAGGGAUCGCGAGAACACGGCGACCCUGGCGAAGCUGACGCAAGAAGUGAAGAUGCUGCGCGGAAGAUUGGUCCUGACACGACCUGUCGAGGCGGAGACGUCAGUAUCCUCCGCAAUCCUCCGAAAAUAUUCAAGAUUCUAGGACGCCUGAAGUCGUCGUCGUCAGCAACAUGGGACUUUUCCAAGGCGAAAAGUUCGUUUUCCCUCGUCCGAACAAUCUUUCUGCUGGUAGCUCUCCCUUUUUUGAUUCUUCUAAGUUUCCGAAAUCUCAGAAGCGAGAGCCUUCGUUCUGAUGGACAAGGAACUCCUGAUCGGAAUGAAAGGCAGCACGCAAAUGUUCAACAGCUACGGCUUCCGUCAGGUUGCUCUCAUUUCGAGAAAGUCACCUCGAAACCUUCUUUCCAGUUGAACACUAAUUUCUCAUCGACCAACACUUUCUGGCCGAUCGCCAACAAGAAAAUCCGCUCCAUAUCCUGCAAUCCCGCCAAUAAACAAUGUUUUGCCGUCGGUAUGGUCCAUUUCAUCGAUUGGCUCUUGAUUCAUAACGAUCCAGGAGGAGAGGACAAAAUCGCGUGGUGCUAUUCGGCCCUCGGACAACUCCAUCGGGGCUACAAAAUACCCGACACCAGCACGGUCACCACUAUCUGCUGGAUCAGUCGCGAUACGGUAAGAUCAUUAAAGUUCUAUAAAAACCUAGGAGGGAAAAGCUUGUGGGAAAUAUUUUAAAAACUAGAAACUUUGGGUUUUUGCAGAAAUUAACCGAAAUUAAAGAGCUUUAAAUAGGACCUUUGAAAGGAAUUUUUCAUGGUAUUUUGCUCGUUUUCAAGCCAUCUGACGUGUCUGCGCUCUCUUUCAUCUCACCCAUAGUACAAAGAAAUAGGAAAACACAACGUAAACUCAAGAGGACGCAGAAAAACUGGCCAUUUUUCAGAUUUGAUGAAUUGGUAAAAUCAAAAGGGAAACAUGUGUUCGCCAUUUUUUUUAAAUGAGGAAUCGAGAAAGUUUUGAUUAUGUAAAUUUUAGUCUUCAUCUUUCUCCCGACAUUAUGACAUAUGAAAAAAAUUUCGUAGCACGUUCAUAUGGAUUUUUUUUUUUGGUAAACAACUUUCUAGGUUUUUUUGAGUAAAUGAAGACUUGAAAGAAAUUUGAAACCACGAUUUAAAUUUUAAAAACAAGUAUAUACUUGAAGUUCAUCGUCGGCACAGUCACUGGCCGCCUUUGGAAAUUCGAAAAUGUCUGGACGAAUCCCAGCGACACGACCAACGUUGACCUCACAAAUGGAGCUGGCCGCAUGCCAAUCAUUUUUUGCUCGUUAGUUCCUUUCUUAAUGUUCAUAAUUUCGAAUAACUCAUAAAAAGUUUCUGAGAGCAUGAACUUGUUGACAGGAUCGAUCUCACGACCCAAGUCUUGGUUUAUUCGACCGCCAAGGAACUCGCCGCGUUCCACAAUGGCCAGAAGGUCAUUCUUUUGACCAGCAAUAUUGGUGAGUUUUUUUCUAACCGAAAGGUUCGAGAAAUAGAAGGAACAGAGCAAAAUUAGAAUCUUGGAAAUUUUUAUUUUUAUUUUUCUUCGUUUUUCAAAGUGGAAUGGGAGCUCAAGUGAAAUGAUUAAUGUCUGAUUCAUUCACUUCACCUUGGAUAGAAGUUUCAAAAAUAGCGCAAAAAGACUAUUUUAAAUUUUCUUGUAGCCCUUGUUGUUUAGAUCUAGGUCUGAAUGAGAUUUUCCAAAGUCCGACAGAAUGUUGAGAUGAUGUUUUUUUAGAAACGGACGACCUCCAGAAGAUCGUGACGGUGUGUUUCGACCCAGAAAGUCUCUGUUUGGUGGCUACCGUAGUCCGAAGAGACGGAUCCUGGACCAGACGUCUUGUCCGUCUCGCCAUCAACGAUGAGCUUGUUCGUCCUCAUAUUUCUCAAUUCAAUGAUAAUUUAUUUCAUUCACUUAUUUCAAAAAAAAAAAAAGUUUCAAUAGAAAAAAGUUGGAAUGGAAUUUUUGAAUUCAAAAAAUAUGAGAUCAUUUUUCGCCAUAGGCGUGUUGGGAAAAGCCUGCUGAAAUUUUCGCAAAAUAACUUGAAAUCCAUGAAAAAAAAGAAAUUUUUCAGCUGAGUGUCCAGGGCUGGUCGGACUGGAAAAGUCAGUUCCCGAAAGUUGACACCAUGUACAACGAGGUCGUCUUCAGUGUAAAUAAAGGUUUUUAUAGAGUUAAUAUAGAUCAAUUUCCCCAUUUGCAGUGCAAUAUUCUGUCGUCACGACGGGGAUCAGCCAGUUGAUGGCUCACGAUUGGAGUGGAGUUUGUCCCGAUGUCCGUUUCACUUAUUUAUUUUCCUGUUAUAUACGAGAUCAAGAAAGUUCAAUUUCAGCACGCUAUUUGUCUUCCCGGAGAGAGCGACCAGACCGUCAAAGUUUCUGGGAUGCUGGCUGCCGAUGGAGGUCCGAAAGCCACUCGGAAGAUCUUUGUCCUCACCGAAAACCGUGUCUAUUCCCUUUUCUUCAAACUCGGACCUUGA